AGGUGAGGAUCAUAUGUCAGGAAUGCCUUUCCGUGGCCACGCCUCAUUUUUACUCCACAGCAAAGAAGAGAACCCUCUCUGAGGUGUUUCUGAGUCCGAACGCACCACUGAAAAGCGUCUCCGUCCUCGAUGGAUACUCUGACCAAAUCAGGGAAGGUCUACCUCCGACCGCUCAAACCCACCAAGAAAUGGAAGCCGGUGUGGUUGUCUCUGUUUCCACCCUGCAGCAGUGGAGUGGGCCGACUGGAGAUCAAAGAUAUGGGAGGAGGUGACCACAGCCCCGGGGUCAGGAGACACCACCAGGUUCAUGGGGACAGGAGGCCAAAGGUCGUACGACUGUCGGAGCUCAUCAGCGUCCUCAGACUUCCCCCGAACGCUGAGGCCUGUCCCAUGGACAACAUGUCCGCGUUCUGUGUGGAGACCCAAGACAGGACCAUGGUGUUCGCCGCUCUCAAGGAAGAUUGUGUGGACUGGGUGGACAGACUGUGUCAGAGCAGCUUUAAGACAGGAAGCGGCUCCGGCUCUGCUCAGGUCCACGUGGAGGAGAACCACAUUUACGCCUCGGCAGAUGAACUCUCUCAGUUCGAGGUGGUGAUUCAGAGGACGGAUGCCGCGACUCGGUGUGGCCUGCAGGGGUCCUUCUGGCUGCAGGUCGGACAAGAGGCGCUGCUGCUGAGAGAACAACAGACGAAGAACAUUGUUCUUAAGUGGCCGUAUGAACUGCUGAGGCGAUUUGGAAUCGAUAAGCUGGCCUUCACCAUCGAAGCAGGCAGACGCUGCGAAUCUGGUCCUGGACCCUUCUGCUUUGAGACGCAGCAGGCUGAGAAGAUAUUCUCUCUGAUUCAGAGCACCAUCAAACACAAAACAUCCACCUCCACGGGCCAUCAAAUUCAGGAGGAUGAGAGAGUCCUCAUAGUCAACAAACGAUCACAUUCCCCUCUUCCCCCAACGUUCGACAUGACCAACUUGUUUGCUACUCUGGAGAACAAACUGAGGAGGUCUCCGGUGUUCACAGACAGGUCGCCAACUCAGGACGACUUGGUUGGUCGGUCCGAAUGUGCCCCCGCUCCCAUCACCCUCAUGCCGCUGCCACUGGUCCCCACACAUGACAGAUCCCGUGGGGGUGAUGGCCAGUCAGACGGCAUUUACGCCGACCCAGAGUGCUGCAUCCCAACCAUUCAAACACCCAACACCACACCAAACAAAGGGCUGUACAUUGAUCCUGCAAGUGUUCUUCCUCUGAAUCCUCCGGUCUUAAAAGUACCCGACACUCUGAGUCUUACGUCCUCAGUUCCGGAUCCCAACCAUAAAACAGAUGUUCGGGAUUCGGUCUACUCAGAGGUGUUAGACAAAAUCCACCCGGAGCAGAAAAAGCAGAGUGAUCUCCCAAGCACCUUCCCACAAACAUCACCUUUUGCCAACGACGAACCGAUUUACACUGAGCCCACGAGAGAGACAGAAGAGCUCUUUAAGAAAACCGAAACCAAACCUGACCCUUUUGCCCACCUGUACGCUAAAGUCUGUAAAACACCACCAUCAUGUGGUCCCUCAUCUACAGGCGACGCCACCCCCUCCACCUCCACCUCCUCCGUGACUUCCAGUGUGACCACAGCCGCAGGCGAUCCUCUUGAUGAUGUUAUCUACGAAAACCUGGGUAUCAUCUAAAUCCGCUGGUUUCACUAAUCUUAGUUGGGCCUUUUAUUUUUAGUUUUAAAAUUGACAUUGAAACCACAUUUGUGCCUGUGGAGUACACCUUGAUGUUUAUCACGUGGCCUUCCAUGGCCCGAUAAUGAGGCGAGGCAACCAGAAACCGGCGACUCCAUCUGAACCACCGAUGGGCUCCUGAGACAAGUGGUGGCUCAACCAAACCACCAGAACAACACUAAAAGCUGAACUCCACUAAACAAAUAACUGUGCAUCUCAACCAAAACUGCACUGGUCCCACCUGUGAGCACAAAUAACCGAACACACUUCAGCUGUGACAGCGCAGGAAAGUCCAAUAGAAACCUGCAAACUGGGGACAUCGACCAUCAGGACGCCCCGUUCACAAACCUGGAUCCCAAACGCUUUGCCCGAAGGCUGUGCCGAUGCUGCUCAGAAACCAAAACAAACUUAACUAUAAUCGGGUCACAAACAAAGGAGCCCCCCCGUUUGUCCUGACCCGGCUCAAAAGCCAGGAAAAAAUGGGACGCGCAGGUUGACGCUGAUAAUGAAUUAUUUUGAUCUAAUAAAACCUGAGAUGUGUGAGGGAGAAGAGCUACUCUACACUGAUGGACGGAUGGAGUCUCGUGGAGGAAGGACCAUUGGUUCCAGAUGUUUCCAAACGCUCUCAAGGUCUGGUGCACGAAACAGGAGAACCGAUCAGCGGACCUUCACAAAGCUCACUUUCUGCUCACGUCAGCAGGAUUUGCAUCGCCAAGUUCAGACUCCCGACCCGCACAUCUAUCCCCACACGGAGAGACUCUCAACCCCUUGGACUGUUGUUGUGGCAAUGUCACCGGCAAUCAUGUGUCCAGCUGGUGUGAAUCAUGAUGGAUUCACACCAGCUUUAGGCUGGAAGUUUUUCAGUCACAGUCAAAGGGAAAAUACUGAUGUGGUACCAGAAAGAAACAUUCCCCAACUGGAGACGCAGCAGGAAGUUCAAAGGCAGCAUUGGUAGUAUUUUCUUUGUUUUGGGGCAACCAAGAAUAACUGGCUGGACAUUUACUAUCAGUAAAUCUCAUGUAAACACUGAUCCAGGAUGUUUAUUCCUGAUUUCCAUCAGAAAACUUAAAGGGGACCUAUUAUGAAAAACAAGUUUUUUCUUGCUUUAACAUAUAUAAAGUGGUCUCCCCUCAGCCUGCCAACUCAGAGAAGGAGGAAAGUAACCAAAUUCUGCAGUGUCUGUACAGCCGCCCGGAUGAGCCGUCCAGUGUGAUGUGGCUUCUACGAGCCGUUCAGAUUCUGCUCCCGUCGUUACGUAACGACGGGAGCGAUUUACAUAGGUUGACCUCCGAUGCGUGAAACCACGCCCUCAACUAACUCCGCCGGCCGGAGCUUCCGCCAUUUUUCGUAGCGGUGUAUCGCGUCAUUCAGGCAGCCAAUCAGCACAGUGCCUCAUUAUCAUAGCCCCGCCCACUCAGAAUCCCUCAUAGAGAAGGAGGUUAGAGAAUGGGAAGAUAAAGACAUGGCUCAGAGAAUGAAUUUCUAAUUUAUUUAGCAAAAACAAUCAAAAACUUGUUCUUGUGACAUUCAAGGCCUGUUUAAAAUGGGUAUUAAAUGCCAUAAUAGGUCCCCUUUAACAUUUAUUUUACAGUGUAAUGAGUGUUUACAACAAAAAAGUCAUAGUAUUAAUAUGUUACAUAUGUAUUAUGUUUAUUUUUGCUACGUAAUGGAUUCUUGUGUGUAAAUAGAGGCAAUAGAAGAGAUCUUGUAACUUUUUUUACACCGUACUUUUAAAAAGUAAUAUAAACAUACAUUUAUAUGAAAUAUUAUCUGCUCUGUGAAUGUAACCUCCAUUUAAGAAGCCAAAAUGUUUUGACUAAAUUAAAUACUUUA